AUGUCAACAACAACUAUCGAUAAACUUCUUGAACUGCACCAAGAUUUAUUUUUGCAAUCAAUUUCUCACCCCUUGACAAAUGAAUUAUGUGAGGGACUGUUAGCUGACUUCAAAUUAUUCACUUAUUUAAAUCAAGACCUUAAAUUUUUUCAAAUUGGACUCAAUUUAUUUGGUAAAACAUUAGCUUAUUGUGAUGAUUCCAAAUCAGCCAUUAUUUUGGGCAAACAAAUUGGAUUUAUAUCUACUGAUGAAAAUGAUUAUUUCACCAGAACUUUAAAAGAACUUGAACAAAAUGAUUUGACCAAUGUAUUAAAUUUGAAAAACAACAAAACUUUGAUCCUCCCCAAAGUUCAACAAUAUAUUGAUUAUUUACAAUAUUUAACUUUUGAAUCCAAUUCUUAUGUUGAAAUCAUUACCUUUAUGUAUACUAUGGAAAAAGUAUAUCUUGGUUGGGCGGAGUAUAAUGUUGCUCAAAAAACAAUUCCAUCUAAUUUACCUUAUAAAUAUCAAGAGUGGAUUAAUUUACAUUAUGGUCCUGAUUUUUCUAAAUGGGUUCAAUUUUUACAAAAUGAAGUGGAAAGAGUGGUUAAAACUAAAGAAGAUUUUAUUAUUUGUGAAAAAUCAUUUGUAAAAUCUCUUGAAUUGGAAAUUGAUUUUUUUCAAGCUUGUUAUGAUUAUCAUGAAAAUCGAAACGUGCUCUUUGAAUUCCAGUAA